AAGACUUGUCUUAUUAUGCUAUACGCUGUGUCACAUGUGAUAUUUUAUUACUAGAGAUUUAUAUAAGUGGAACGAUAUGACAGUAAAAAUCGGCUGAUGUCUGGAAAUUUGAAGACCUCAGCAUCACUAUCCCUUCAAAUCAAAAGAUUAAUCAGUUUUCUUUUCUACACUUUCUAUCUUGUGAACAAAAAUUUCCAAAAGCUACAUGGAUUCACGAAGAAGUCAGCUUCAUAUCGUUUUCUUCCCAUUUAUGGCUGACGGCCACAUGAUUCCAACCGUAAACAUGGCUAGAGUGUUUGCAAGGCAUGGAGUGAAAGCCACCGUUAUUACCACUCCUCUCAAUGCAGCUACUUUCUCUAAAACAAUUGAAAGAGAUAGAGAAUUAUUAGGUGUUGAUAUCAGCAUUCGAAUGCUUAAAUUCCCUUGCGCCGUGGCAGGCCUACCAGAAGGAUGUGAGAACGUGAGCUCCAUUUCUAAACCAGAAAUGAAUCCAAAUUUUCUUGUGGCGGUUAGCCUACUUCAACGGCCACUUGCAUAUGUCCUAGAAGAAUGUCAACCGGCAGAUUGUCUUGUGGCAGACAUGAUGUUUCCAUGGGCUACUGAAGUUGCAGGCAAGCUUGAGAUUCCAAGGUUGUUUUUUAAUGGAAGUAGUUGUUUCGCAGCAUGUGUCUCUGAUUGUCUUAGACGAUAUCAACCCUAUAAAACGGUGAAGUCCGAUUUUGAGCCUUUUAUAGUGCCAGGCUUACCAGAUCAGAUAGAGAAGACGAAACUACAAUUGCCAAUGUAUCUUACAGAGACAAAUGAUGAUGCAUUUAAAAAGCUGAUGGAUGAAAUAUCAGAGUCUGAUCUAAACUGCUUCGGAGUCCUAGUGAAUACUUUCCGUGAACUAGAACCAGCUUACUCAGAACAAUACAGUAAGCUCAUGGGAAAGAAGAUAUGGCACAUUGGUCCCCUCUCGCUUUGCAACAGAGAUAUUGAAGAUAAAGUGCAGAGAGGAGAUCCAGCCUCCAUCAAUAGACAUGAAUGUCUGAGAUGGCUAGACUCCAAAAAACCCAAGUCAGUUCUUUAUAUAUGCUUUGGGAGCAUCUUCAAGUUCUCAACUAUUCAGUUACUUGAGAUUGCUGCAGCUCUUGAAGCUUCUGGACAAAACUUCAUUUGGGUUGUGAAGAAAGAGCAGAAUACUCAAGAGAUGGAAGAAUGGUUGCCAGAAGGAUUUGAGAAGAGAAUGGAGGGGAAGGGUUUGAUCAUAAGGGGAUGGGCACCACAGGUUUUUAUACUCGAUCAUGAAGCAAUUGGUGGGUUUAUGACCCAUUGUGGAUGGAACUCUACAUUAGAGGGAGUGAGUGCAGGUGUGCCAAUGGUCACUUGGCCACUCUCUGCAGAGCAGUUUGAUAAUGAAAAGCUGAUAACACAUGUUCUGAAAAUUGGAAUCGGAGUUGGUGCUCAAGAAUGGUCACUAUUUGAGAAGAAAAUCUUGGUGAGGAAGGAAGAUAUAGAGAAGGCAGUGAUACAGUUGAUGGUUGGUGAAGAAGCUGUUGAAAUAAGAAACAGAGCAAUGAAACUGAAAGAUAUGGCAAGAAGAGCUGCUGAAGAAGGAGGAUCAUCUUAUUGUGACAUAAAAGCAUUUCUAAAAGAACUAAGUUCCCUCAAAAAAGCUAAUUAGCUACCCUUGUCAAAGAAAAUUCCCAUCAAAGUACUGUAAAAUCAAUAAGAAUAACAGAGAAAACAGCAUUUUCUUGUCAUUGAUGGUUUCUGAAGUUAAA